AUGGCGACAGAUCGCUCACCUGGUUUGUACAAGAAGUCUGGAAAACUUGUCUUCCUGGGCUUGGAUAACGCAGGCAAAACUACUCUGCUGCACAUGCUGAAGGACGACAGGCUGGGCCAGCACGUCCCGACACUACAUCCCACAUCAGAGGAGCUGACGAUUGCUGGAAUGACUUUCACGACUUUCGAUCUGGGUGGACAUGAACAAGCUCGCCGGGUCUGGAAGAACUACCUGCCGGCCAUCAACGGCAUCGUCUUCCUGGUGGACUGCGCAGAUCACUCGCGUCUCAUGGAAUCCAAAGUUGAGCUCAAUGCGCUAAUGACAGAUGAAACAAUAUCCAACGUGCCAAUCCUUAUCUUGGGUAACAAAAUCGACAGACCAGAGGCCAUCAGCGAGGAGAAGCUGCGGGAGAUCUUCGGGCUUUACGGACAGACCACGGGAAAGGGAAACGUGCCACUGAAGGACCUGAACGCGCGGCCCAUGGAGGUGUUCAUGUGCAGCGUGCUCAAGAGGCAAGGCUACGGCGAAGGCUUCCGCUGGCUAUCGCAGUACAUUGACUGACGCGUGGGCGGACGUGAAGAGUUUUACUCCUCUGGACUGAUCCUGUUCACAGCUUCCUGUGGACUUUUCUAUUAGAACACAGAAGGCUUUCCAACCGCGUACUGGCAUCAACCAAGAGACUCCUGGUUUUCGGCUGCCCUAUCGCACAGUGGUGACACAACUCUUUUCCACGUGACGGGGAGACAGCACCGUUCCGCACGUGGGUGCGCGUUGUCGCUUUCAGUUCGGUUACAGCGGGGCUGGUGUGGUCUGGGGAGCAAAACUCUGUGCACCGCACUGCAACAGCUGAGAAAGAGGGCGCGUCUCACCACUGUGG